UGAGGCCAGUGGUGACCAUUCCAGGCCUGAGCGCGCAGUUUAAAUUUGUACGCGGGGCUUUCAUCCUCUCGGAUCUUUCCUGUGAAAAAUGUUCUGGGGGCCUGAACGUGCCCAACCCCGUAGUCUGUUCGCGGCCAGUCGCAGUCGCGAAUCUGACGGAGGUGGUCGUGGAAACGACUGGAAAGCGUUUGAAAUCCUGCAAGGAGACGCACCUGUGGGUGAAGACACUGGCUUGGAGGGUAAGUACCAAUUCUCUCCGAUUUGCGACCCAGGGUUGUUCUCUCGUAAAAUGGCACAUAGUACCAGCGAUCAGCAAGACUGCCCAUCGAGACUCCACGUCGAACCACAUGGGGGCACUCGUAAUUCUCAAGGUGGACAACAACGUCCUGUCGCUUCAGUGUCCAAUCCGCAGAUGUCGAACUCAAUCGCAGAAUUAUUCUGGGAAGAUGCUUGAGUAACUCCUCAUGACCAGCAAUAGGAGCAGACAAGUCGAAUGGUUUCAGGAAUUUUCCGCAUGUCGGACGCCCUGUGGCGCGUCUGGAAUGUGUAUCAAUUCAUACGGCGGCUGGCAAGCAUCGGUUGAACG